AUCAGUUGUGUUACCUGGGUUACGAACCUCUCCGUACAUCGCAACCUUCCGAUUAUCUUCGCAUCCCGCAUUCAGACCACCUUGUGGCCACCCAGGAUACAUUGCUACCCCCAAAGCCUGUGGAGGCUACAAUAGGUACGUCGAAUGGGGACGAAGUUGGGGAUGGCACUUGGUCUACAUGUGUUUUACUUAAUUCUAACAGAUGUAUGGGAAGUGCCAUAGGAGGGUGUUGGAGUGCAGGGUUCGAGAGAUGCAUGGAGGAGCACGUGUGCUUUGUUUAUUUCCAUGUCGUGGACCAAUAGAGAUGUGUCAUGGGCGGUGCUUAUGCUACGUUUGGUUCCCUUGGGCCAAACAAGCCUUUGCAUACAUGUAUCCCAUGUAUGCACUUCCUGCUUCAGUUCGGGAAGGCUUAACAAUUAGGAUAAACCCAACCUACCCCUUUUGUUAGUUUCACAGUGGCGUCAAUUGCUUAUGUAUUAGUGUCAAACCAUCACAUUUUCUCCUCUUCGAAAAUCACCACGAUUGAAGGAGAGAGACAGAGAUCAUGAACUUCCAAGAAGGGCAGCCUGAUCCCAAAAGGUGUAAGAUUCAAGAUGAAUUGAGUGAAAAAACAGAACUAGUGAGAUUGGCCACUCGCCUUGGAGGCAUUUUGUGUUGUGCAGUUUGCUUGGAUCUUCCUAGCUCAGCUGUUUUCCAGUGCCCCAAUGGUCAUCUGAUGUGUGGAGCAUGCUUCACCCACCUCAUGGCUGAUGCCUGCCUGAGGGAUGAGACUGCAAUGUGCCCUAAUUGUCGCACUAAAAUAUCCACAGACCUGCCAACAAGAAAUUUGGCUGUGGAAAAAGCCAUAGGUGAACUUCCUACUUCGUGUCGGUAUUGUGGCGAUGAACAACCAAGGCACUCAGUUCAUCAUCAUGCUACUGUUGAUUGUUUACAAAGGCCAGAAUUGUUGAUAUGCUCAAUUUCAGACUUGCACUUGCGGGCCUGUCACACCGAGGACUUCAUCCAGAAGCUCUUUCAUGAGACAGGAAGGUUUUCUGCCCAUAGUCACCAAUGGAUGGUUCGAACACGGAUUAACAACGAACAGAAGGAUCCUACUCAGAGUGUUGAUAGACACAUCAGCUUCCAGCUAGCCCUAAAGACAAAAACUUCAUCAUCAGUCAAGAUCCAUUUUGUGAUGGUCCAUGGUCCAUACAGUGAGAUUCAGAUGAAGCCCUUGGUCUUCAUGCAUGACUUCACCAAUGAGGAGCCAGAAAGCCCAUGGAACCCUAUGCCUUUAAAAGACCCUGCUGAUUGCAACAAGCUCCUCAUGGCUCGUACCUUAAAACUCAGGUAUAUCCAUUUGUAG